GAUUUUUGGUUUGUAGCAUUACGACUAAAAGUGACGUCUCCAAAGAAUCAAGACAACCGCGUCUCAAUAUUAAUUCUUAGUGGGUAUGAGGCUUGUCUGCCGAAGAUUAUUAAGAUGAAUUAUGGAAAACAGCAAAG